CUUUUGUGGCCUGGCAUGAAUAAAGACGUGAAGGAAUGGGCACACUUCUGUGUAAUCUGCCAUUUUGGAGUUUGAAGGUUGUUUGAUUGACUUCAAGUGUUGAGCGGUUGGUAGAAUGUGGUUGUUUGUUGGGAAUGUAUGUGGUGUUUCUUAGUUUGUGUGAUCGCUCAGAUAUCGGAUAUCAGUAACUCAGCUUCUGGCAGAUCACAGAAAAGUAACAAAGAUGCCUAGUGUGACUACAACAAGUACUGUCAGUUCAUCAGGAGUUCGUUUAAUGCGUAAAACUUCAUGUACUGGUACCAACGAUCAAGCUAAUAAUUCUUCGUUUCAACACAAUCCUGACAGAAAAUCACUAAGAGAUCAACCAAAUGUAGGGAAAUAUAAGUUAAUUCGUACACUUGGUCGUGGUAAUUUUGCAAAAGUCAAAUUAGCACAACAUGUUUCAACUGGACGUGAAGUUGCUGUGAAAGUGAUCGAUAAAACUCAGCUUAAUCAGGCCAGUUUGAAAAAACUAUUCCGAGAAGUGAAUAUUAUGAAAAUGUUAAAUCAUCCAAACAUCGUUCGCUUAUAUGAAGUGAUCGAAUCUGAGCGUCAUGUAUAUCUAGUGAUGGAAUAUGCAGAAAAUGGCGAAGUAUUUGAUCACUUAGUAGCUCAUGGUCGAAUGAAAGAACGUGAAGCACGUGCUGCAUUUCGUCAAAUUGUUUCAGCAGUUGAAUAUUGUCACCAAAAGAAAAUUGUACACAGAGAUUUAAAGGCUGAGAAUCUUCUCUUCGAUGGAUAUUUUAAUAUUAAACUUGCUGAUUUUGGUUUCUCCAAUCUUUUUGAUGGAUCUAAAAAAUUAGAUACUUUUUGUGGUAGUCCACCAUAUGCUGCACCGGAAUUAUUUCAAGGACGUAAAUAUGAUGGUCCAGAAGUGGAUGUAUGGUCAUUAGGUGUAAUUUUAUAUACACUUGUCAGUGGAUCAUUACCAUUUGAUGCACAACAUUUAAAAGAUUUACAAGAACGUGUAUUACGUGGCAAAUAUCGUGUUCCAUUCUAUAUGUCAACUGAUUGUGAAGCAUUACUUCGUAAACUAUUGGUAUUGAAUCCAGCCAAAAGAGUCACAUUAAGGAAUGUCAUGUCUGAUAAAUGGUUAAAUAUUGGUUAUGAAGAUAAUAUUUUAAAACCAUAUACUGAACCACCUCCGGAUUAUAAUGAUACAGAGAGAUUAGAAAUUAUGCGUAUUAUGGGUUAUCGACCGGAUGAUGUUCGUGAAGCUUUAAUCAAACAAAGUUUUAAUAAUGUCACUGCAAUUUAUCUAUUAUUAGCUGAUCCAAAAACAAGAUUAACUUUACCAGCUGGUAGUCUUUUUUCAUCUAAUCAAUCACAAUUAUUACAUGGGAAUAUAGGACUUAAUCAUCAUCAUCGCCAAUCAUCUUGUUCCGAAGGUAUUACAAUUGCUGCCUCGUCUACUCCUGCUACUGUUACAGAAGAUGAAACUACUACAUCAUCGAAAGGUCAAUCUUCUUUAGACAAUCCCAAUGGGAAUAAUAACAGUAAUAAUAAACAGAAAACUAAUCAAAAUGGAUUAACAUACCAGAAUAAAAAAGAAUCUGGACAAGACGAUAAUGGAUCUCAAUAUAAUGGAGUACGACGGAUCAGUGGUAUCUCUUGGAUGAAACAAAGUGCAAGUGCUGGUCCAACAGCGAAUAGGCAAGAGAAAUCUAUUGUAGAUGAAAAAUCUCAUCUGCUUCCACGUAUUCGUGUAUCUGACCUACGCGAACGUGCUAAUGACUCUAAUCUGGAUGAUUCUUCUGGUCAAGAGAAAAUCGAUGAAAGUAAAGAUAUAAUGAUAGAAUCCUCUAGUGGUGGUGAUCAGUUAUCUGUACGACGUAUGAAUACUUUUAGUAUGUCAGAUAAGGUUCGCCCAAAUGGUUCAGAUUCCCAGUCACCUGGUUUGAAAUGUCCAUUGUCUAGAGCACCACCAAUGUCAAAUAUACCAAACUCACUAACUACUCCAACAACUAGUAGUAGUGAAAAUUCACCGAUCAAACAGUCAGCUGACAAGUCUUCUUCGUCAGCAUCAUCUUCAUCAUCGUCACCUAGUAAGCAGAAUGGUAAUGAACAACAAACAAUUAAAUUAAAUCCAGCUGUUCCAUAUUCAGAAGAGAAUCCAACACUUCCGUAUCGAAAAAAGCAUAAAGAUACUUCAAUUCAUUCCAAGCCUAAAACAACAACUUUACCCAUUACUACUACUACUACUAAUAAUAAUAGUAGUAGUAAAAUUCCUUCGAAUGAUACUAAUUCUAUCAUUGAUAUUUUACAUACGAAUGAUCGACAAAAACAUCAACAAAGUGAUAUCAAUCGUCCAAGUAUUCCUUAUUCUUUAUUUAAUAUUAAUAAAACUAAAAAAUCGAAAAAAUUAUCAACAAAUCAAUCGGAUGAUCAUCAGAAGAAUAAUAAUUUGAAUACAAAAAUACCUGAAUCAUUCACUUUCACUGAUAGUCAUUCUUCAACAAUGGAUCCAACAUCUUCAUCGGGUACAAUGAAUUCUGCGAAAAUUACACAACAACAACAAAAUAAUAAACAAUCUUCAUCACCAAGUGGUCGAAUUACAUUGCCUGAUUCCAUUUUCAAGGCACUUGAUACAUUGAACACAGAUGAGAAGACGAUUAAUGAUGAUCGAAAAAAAUCUGAUUCAAAAUCACACGGUUUUAAAUUAUCCACAACAACAGCAUCGUUAAAAAGAGAUUCAAUUAUUAAAUGGUCAGUACGUCAUCGACCAAACAAUACUAUGAUGACUACAACUAAUAAUAUUCCAUCUAUUGCUGAGACGAAACAGGUGACAACAAGCAAGAAAAAUAUGGAUCCAAAUCAAAAUAUCAAUUGUUCCACGGAAUUAAAGAAUUAUUCAGAUUCUUCAAUGACUUUAGAAACUCCGUCAAUUACAGUUUCAAAAAAUGGAUCAUCUAGUCAUUCUCGACCAGGACGAUUCUUCCGUAGUCUAACAUUAAGGAUAGCUCGAAGUCAUACAAAUCAUCAUAAUAAUCGAAUUAUUUCUAGUAUACAAAAAUCCAAUCAUAAAUAUACUAAUAACACUAACUUUAAUAAACCAUAUAGAAUGAGUUUAUUGAAACCAAAUAAUAAUGAAGCUGAUCUAACUGAAGAAUUUAAUUCAUCUAAUCGAUUACAUUGUUCUUCAUUAACUCAUUCUACAUCAUCAUCACCAACAACAAAAACAUCUAGUCAUCCAUCUACAAUACAACAACAACAACAUCAUCAUCAUCCUGAUAAUGAUGAAGUGAAUUGUGAUGAUGAUGAUGAUGACGAUACGAUGAAAUGUCUUGUGUCAAUUAAUCCAGAUCCAUGGAUAACUAUGGAACCUGGAAAACAACAACGUAAGGAUUUGAUAUCAAAAUGCAAACGAUCAUUAUCCAGUGAAUUAGAUACUAAUAAAUUAAAACAACACCCUAAUCCUCUUCAUUAUUAUCCGUAUCAUCAUGGAAUUGAGUUUCCUACCAAUAAUAACACAUCGGCUAAUAAUCAGUCUAUCACCGCUGGUUGUGGCGGCGGUGGUGGUGGUUAUCAAAAAAAGACCGGAGUCGAACCGUGUUGCCUCGACCCUCCAACAUCGAAAACUGUGGUCAUAACUUCCGACAUGCAUAAAUUGAAAGCUUCAACUAUCACAACUCCAUCAUGUACAAUAUCAUUAUCACCAUUAUCCUCAUCAAUAAUAACAACAACAACAACCUCAUCUCCACUGACAGUUACAACGAGAAUAAUAAAUUGGCAAACAACUACCUCAUCAUCACAAUUUAAAUCAUCUGAUGAACAUCAAUAUGAUCAUCAUACUUUUUAUUAUGGAAAGAAUGAAAAUCAAAAAUUAUGGAAACCACGUCGUUUACAUUUUGUAUUACGUCUCCCUAUUAUUGGAACUGAUCCACAUGUUUUAUUAAUACAAAUCAUUGAAUUAAUAAAACGUUAUCAAUGUUCUUAUGAAUUUCUUAGUUCAUAUCGUAUACGUUGUACAAAAUUAAUGAAUCCUUCUUCUUCUUCUUCUCCCCAUCAAUCCUCUCCUUGUUCAAAUAAUAAUAAUAAUAAUAAUAAUAAUAAUAAUAAUAAUAACACUAUUGAUGAUGUUGAUGUUGACCAACAACUAGAACACUGUACACUAACAACAUCACCUCAACAACACCAUCCCCAGCAACAACAACAACAAAAACAGCCUCAAUUGUCUUAUCUCAUUCAUUUAAAACAUAAAACUAAUUUAAUCAUAUGGGAUAUGGAAAUAUUUCAAUUAGCUAAACCAAUUAAUUAUGGUGUAAGAUUUAAACGCAUUUCAGGCAAUCGUAAUGCAUUCAAUAUUAUUAUGAAAUAUUUUAUUUUACAUACUACUAAUAUAACUUAAAUUCAUAUUUACUGAAUCUAUUCAUGUGUAUAACACUAUGUAUAUGUAUGUAGUUGUGUUGAUUGUUCUCCCCCCUGUCUCUCUCCCUCUCUCUCUCUUUCCUACCUCUAUCCGUUGACAUAUUCUAAUUGAUUAUAUGAAUGUUUUAGUUCAUGUAACCAUGUCAACAUUUACCACUUCGUUGUCCUUCUUCUUCUUCUUAUUGUUGUUGUUGCUAUGGCUGUUAUUGUCAAUAUGAUCAUUACAUUUAAGCUUCUUCUUCUGAUACUAUUGAUCUCAUAUUUAUUAUUGUAACUAAGUAAAUGAUUAUUUAUUUCAUAUAAAUAAUAUAAUUUCUAUCUUUUUUUUUUAAAAAAAAUUAACUAUUGAGUAAUUCAUUCAUACUUUUAACCGAAAUAAAAAAAAACAAAAAAGAUAGAAAAAAGAAAACCAAUAUUAUCAAUGUGUGUUGUAGGUUAUUUUGAAAAGAAAACCAACCAUAUUCAUUUUGUUGUUGGCUUGUUUGCUUGUUUGUUUUACCAUGUUCUUUCUUUCAAAUAGAGUUUUUUUUUAUUAUUUUUUAUUUUAAACAAAUAAACAUCGAUCAAUGAUAUUUUAUUUGUUUAUUUUUCUUUCUCUCUUUUUUCUUUUCUUUUUUCUUUGUUGUUGUCGUUGUUGUUGUUGUUGUUUUCUGUAUAAUAUUAUCAUCAUAUAUGUGUAUUUAUGUAUAUUGUUUUCUUUUUUCUCUUUAAAUGAUUCAUUUUUCGCUAACUAUCUUAUUGUCAUGUAUAUGGAUGUGUUUAAAGUGUGUGUGUGUGUGUGUGAGUGUGAUAUCUUAGUUACAAUUGAUUUUCCACUAUAUCAUUGUUCUUCCAUAAGUUUGGUUUCCACUUCCCUCCCCCCUCCUUUUUUGUUCUUAUCAGUUUGCUCAUCUAACAACUGAUUAUUUAUUUAUUAUUCAUAAUAUAAUUUGUAAUUAUGAGAAUGUAAUCAUAGAUUCAUUCAACACAUGAUCUCAUUAUAUGUCAGGUUUCUUAUUAUUAUUAUUAUUAUUGUUUGUUUUUCUUUUCAUUGACCCCGGUCUUUAUUAGUUGAUUUGGUUUUUAAUCUUUUGACCGUUACAAUCACAUAUUUCCUUUUUAAAACAAAGAACAGAACUCUUGACUUCUGUGUUUGUUUGUUUCUUUGUGUGUGUGUGUGAAUGUGUGCAACUAUAGUUGUUUAUCUGUGUAAACUUAUUCCCAUUGAAGAGUUCACAAUAUACACAUAGAUAUGUGAAUUAAAACUAUCAAUUUGUGUAUUCUUUUCCCGCCUUAUCAACUAUAUGGAUCAGUUGAAUAAACAUGAAUGUGUAGUAGUAGGAUAUAAACUUGUAACGAUGAUAUACAUUUCUGUUAAGUUUUAUCAUGUCAUAUAGUAUAUUUGCUUUGUAUGCUAUGGAUAAUUAUUGAAUUUAUUCAAUUCUCCUAUUGUAUGUUUUGAAUGAUUCUUUCAAUUCCCCCUUUUUGUUUUUAAUAAUAUCAUUCUAUAGGGGAAUUAUGUUUCAUGUCUCUUGACUAGACUCCUUUGUAUGUAUCUAUCUCUAUCUAUAUUUAUGUAUGUAUUAUGUAACAUGUAUAUGUGUGUGUGUGUAUGUGUGACAUUCUAUAGUCAUUUACUCAUGAUCAUGCAAAGGUAACCUUUUUCAUAUUGUAUGUAGGUAAAUCUAUGCUAAUUCUAUUGUUACAUUAUUUAUUUUACUGUGUUUUACAUUGUGAGUCGCUUUUGUGUGUGUAUGUAUGUGUGUGUGUGUGUUGUAGAUCCGGUCAUCGUUUUGUUCUUAUUCGAAUUACUUUUCUUUGUAAAACAAUAUUAGUUAUGAUAUAUAUGUGUGUAUUUUUUCAGACCAUGUUGUUGCUAAUAUGCCACGUUCUCCUCCUCUGCCCCACCCCCCUUUAUUCAUCAUUUUACUAUUAACAGAAUAUUGAAAAAAACUUUUCAAAAUGAUAAAAAUAAAUAAAAUCUGUUUCACAUCGUUAUUCUUUUUAUGGUUUUUGUUUUUGUUUUAUUGUUUUAUUGUUUAUUUUUCUUUAUAAAAUGAUAUUGAAUUAAUCAUCAUUUCAUAAAUACUAUAAUUAAGAUUACAUGAAUAUUUCCAUAAGAAACAAACUAUUCAAAAUCAUACAAGGGUAUUUGGUGUUCAUGUAACAAAAAUAUGUUGAGACGGCGGUUCAUCAAUAUGUUGAAGGCUUCAAUAAAUAAUAUCCCGUAAAUUCAGUAUUUUAGGUAGGCUUAAUCUCCUAGUAGAAUUAUGGAUUUACUCGAGAUUAUUGAGAAGUCUGAACACCAGUGGUAGAGAUAAUUUAUUGUUAAUGAUUAAUAAAAAUCCGUAAGUGUACAGCAAACAAGCACACGGUGAAGCCAAGUAGAAAUGAUGCACGGUGGAGAUGGCUAGUAAGCCAACUCGCCUUUAGUCAAGCGUUACUCAAUAUUUAUAGUCAGACAAAAUAAAGCUACAGACAUGUGAUUAAAUGGGAUAAGAAGGGCACACACAUAUACGCUCAUAUAAAAACAGUCUAGAUUGAUAAGCGAAUAAAUAACAAGGUCAAAGUAUGGCUCAAGUACAAUGAAUAGAAUGGGAUGUCCGAAAACUAGAAUAAGGUAUAUGGGCCUAGCAUAAUAACAGACACUACAACUAUCAGUCGGUCAGUAACAACGUAGAAAUUCAUAUUCGAGUUGCCACACCACAUUAGCACAGAGAUGCAGUUUGCGAUUCAAAUCCCGUAGUGCAAGAUGUAGUAAAAUUAUAAGCUGUAAUCAGAAAAAUUAGGGUUUGAAGAUGUUAUUCAAGGAGUAUAAUACAGUGAAAUUUAUUUAGAAAGAAAAAAAGGAAAGGGACAUGAAGAAUUCAGAAGAUUAGAAUUUUGGAGAACACAAAGAAUGGAUGAACCUGCUCACAUCAUUUCAAACGAGUUUGAGUCAUGCCACUCAAGGUCUUUAACCAUCGGUUGUUAUCGUCUCGCAGAUCCCAACAGGGUAGUCUACACCUACCAACAUGGCUCAGUCCACUUGUCAGUAGUGACUUCAUGGAUUUGUGCCAUGUUUUGAUCUGUUCUCCCUUAGCUUUCUUUCAACCUACUCAUACACCAUAAGACAUCGUGCGUCAAGGCAGUCGUUGGUUGGGAAUGCAUAACCCAGCUGUCUCAACUCAUGAAGUUUCUCUACUUCAUCAAUGGAUUUGCCAUCCUUACCUAGAACCCGUUUCCUAACAACUGCAUUACUUACGCGAUGGUCCCAGGAUACACGAGCAAUGUUUCGGAGACACCUAUGAUCAAAUACUAGUAACCUACGAAUAUCCUCUCACCGGCCAUGUUUCACUGCCGUAAAGCAGGUCGAAACGAACUGCUGCGCAGUAAACCCAUCCUUUGCUUGAUAGACGGAAAUCUCGCCUACUCCAUAAAUGACGCAAGUUGGUAAAAGCUAGUCGAGCCUUCUGUAUCCAUGCUGAGAUUUCGUCACACAUCAGACCACAAGGGCUGAUGAGAC